AUGAGUGUAAAUGUUGGAUCACUUCAUCGUCUUAGAGAUAGCAGUCUCUUCCCAUGCAUUGUGGGAGUAACGAAGAAUGAAAUACUAUGGAGGUCUUUAAGUGAAUUAGGAGUCGGAACAGUAAUAAAACAGAUAAGCUUUAAGAAUAUUAUCGGAACCACUUCCCUGUCAGAUAUUAAUGGUGUGAGGUGGCUCACUGAUUUGUCUGGGUCGUUCCAGAAGAAAGAGGCUAGUACUUCCUGUGGAUUCACUAUUUGGAGCAUCACGCCAACAAAGAAGUAUAGUUGGGGAGUUCGUUGCUCCACAUUUUACUGUGUCCGCGACCAACAGGUGUCUGACUGGGUGGGUUUUUUAAAUAGCAGUGUAUUGAAGACAAAUCCUUCACGUCCACGCAAUUUGUUGGUUUUCAUCAAUCCUUUAAGCGGAGCAAAGAAAGCACAGCAAAUAUAUACUCACCAAGUAGCACCAUUAUUUUAUCUAGCCAACAUUCAAACGAAAGUUAUUGCUACGACAUCUCGGGAUCAUGCGACAGAUUAUCUCAUUGAAAACUCAUUGGAUUCUUAUGAUGGAGUAAUUUGUGUCGGUGGCGAUGGAUUUUUAGCAGAAGCUGUUCAAGGUUUAUUGUUACACGAAAGACGCAAGUUCAGUCUACCUUUAUUUUCGGGACAUAAACCUGGAGAAAUUGAAUUAAAACCAACAAUUCGACUUGGAGUUAUUCCGGCAGGUUCAACAGAUUCUGCCUCAUAUUCUGUUCAUGGUACCAAUGACGUUGUAACUGCGGCUCUUCAUAUAAUUUCUGGUGAUGAUAUUAGUUUGGAUGUUGUCGCUGUACAUGCGGAUGACGAUGGAACAUUUAUUCGUUACGUGCUAACGAUGUUAGGCUAUGGAUUUCAUUCUGAUCUUUUACGUAAUGAUGAUAAACGACGUUGGAUGGGUUCUCAAAGAUAUAAUUAUUCUGGCUUCAAGACACUUUUACAACACGCAUCAUAUCAUGGUGAAAUAUCUUUCUACCGUGUUCGGAUCCAAACAACCUAUCAUCUAACGGUAUUGUUUGUAAUAGUGGAUGUCCCGUUUGUGAAUCAAAUAUUUAUCACCAUACUGACGAUUCAUUGCCUGUCGAUUAUUCACUGA